AUGGGUGAACUUCCACCAGCAACUUCAUUGAAUGAUUUGUUAUCUCAGUUAAUGAACAUAUCGGAACAGUCCUUAGAUGAUCAUACGCAACAAAGAAAGCAGCAGCUACAAAAUCACCGCAUGAAGAAUGCAUUAUUUGAAGUUCUUUGUGAAAUUAAAGAAAAGACAGCCCUUUCUAUUCGAGGAGGCCAGGAAGAAGCUCCAGAAGAUCCCCAGCUAAUGCGGCUGGAUAACAUGCUGGUUGCUGAGGGUGUAGCUGGUCCAGAUAAUCGUGGGCCAGUACAGAGUGACGCUGCUGGUGGUGAUCAAGCUGAUUAUCGACAAAAGCUCACUCAAAUUAGACUAGUAUAUAGUGAAGAGCUGCGGAAGUAUGAAGAGGCUUGCCAAGAAUUCACCCAACAUGUUGUAUCUUUAUUACGUGAGCAAAGCCGUACUCGACCUAUUGCAAAUAAAGAAAUUGAACGUAUGGUUGCUAUUAUACAGAAAAAAUUUUCUGGCAUACAGGUAGUACAGUUAAAGCAGUCCACUUGCGAAGCAGUGAUGAUUCUUCGUUCACGAUUUCUUGAUGCUAGGAGAAAACGAAGGAACUUUAGCAAGCAAGCUACAGAAGUUUUGAAUGAAUAUUUCUACUCUCACCUGAGUAAUCCUUAUCCAUCAGAGGAAGCGAAAGAAGAAUUAGCUCGGCAAUGCCAAAUUACAGUUUCACAGGUCUCGAAUUGGUUUGGUAAUAAAAGAAUAAGAUAUAAGAAAAAUAUAGCGAAAGCUCAAGAAGAAGCUAAUAUGUAUGCUGCUAAGAAAGCAGCCCACGGCAAGUUUCCUAUUUUCAUUAUAUCCGCCAAUCAGUAUGGUAUGCUGGCAUCGGGCACAUCAGCUGCUGGAACUAUGCUGAAUUAUCCAGCAAUGCUUCCAGGUCAAGAUUUGGCCCAUCACAUGACUGCUGGGCUUGAUUUCACUGCCGGAUACAAUCCUCAAUUAGUAAGAGUGUUAUUAUUUGACGGUUUGAAUGGGUUUAUUUUGUAA